AUGAUUGAAAUCCCCACUUUGGAAGAGCUGGGCCAUUCGAGACAAGAGCUCAGGCAGCUAGAACAACAGUACGACCGCUUGUCGCUAUCAGAGAGUUUGAAACUAGAUAAUGGGGUUCCUCCUCAAGACUCUAUUCCUGAAGAAGGCGAGCUGCAAACUCCUGAACCUCCACAGACGAAUGGGUUCCACGAUGAGAGUACGCCGGACCUUGGUGUGCUACAAGAAGCACCAACUUUGAAAGAACGUUCAGAGAAUGACUACUCCGAACCAUCCAAUCUGCAUCAGAACUUUAACCCAGAGACUCCCAUUCCUUUAGGGCCUGCUUUCGAUUUUAACCUGCCCCAACUGGCCAUAGUAACUGCUCCUCAACUUGUGAAUAACCAGAUGUCCCCGCUUCCCUCAGAUCAAUAUUUUUCGAACCAGUACCAAAAACAAGUGGGCCAGAUCCCUUCCGAACAGACGAUUUACGAAAAUACAGAUGCAUUCAUGAUCCACCCAAGCACUCAGCUGCCUCAUGACGAAACAGAUCCAUCCAACGCUUCCUUAACGCUAUCAGACUACGCGGCAGAGGUGGAGAGCCAACCUCAAAUAAUGGAGCGUACGGUAUCUCAAAUGACUCCUGUUCGUCCUGCUAGAGACCGUUCUGCCCUGGCACUGGGACCACAUCCUCUACGAAAGAUGGUCGCAUCGUCUCCAGAGGACAUCAACGCUGAGGCUCACAUGGAGAGCGUCAGUGAUUUUGAAGCACUCGAUGAUUUUGACACUUCCGGACAAUUCAAUCGCUUACCGUCAUCUAAUUCUAUGGGGUUGUCCCAUUCACAGCUGCAGACGUUGCAAACGCCUCAACCACCUCAAGGACAUAAUUACGUUGAACCUUCUCCUCAACUUCCUCCUCCACUUUCAGCCAAGUCGCUGAAACUUGCAUUUUCCCAUAGAGACGAAUUUACUCAGAUGCGCCGAAUUAUGGCAACUGAACAGAAGACACCCGCAGAAUAUACUCUCCACAUAGUGUUUACACAGUUUGUUCGCCACGCCGAACGUAAGUUGAACCUAUGUCUUGAAUACCCACUACUGGAAGAACCACCCAUCCUUGAUUUAUUGGCACAAGGGUCUGACCCUAAUUUUGAUAAUAUCGUGUCUGCGCUUGGUUACAUUGCAAAGAGAAAGUCAAAACCAGUCAUCGAUUCCGUUAUGUUUUGGCGCAAAUCUAAAAGUGAGGUUGCCGCUAUGGCUGCAUCUGAAGUUGAAAAGAUUUACUCUGUUGCUCAAGGUGAUUUGGCAAGAAUUGCUUCCUCAGCUAGUAGUGCAAGCAAGUACUCACAACAAUCUGUGCUGCCCAAAUCUGCCAAGCCUCAAAGCAGAGGCAAGAGAAGCUUAUCUCUUAUGCAUACUAAAAGUCUAUCAAAGCUAACUCACAAAAGAAAUAAUUCUGCUUCUGUGGUGCCUACGACUGCUGGUGAUAGGAGACCUUCUCUUGAAGUACCAGGUACUGAAUCCCUGGAAUACGCUCGCCAGAGGAAAUACUAUGAUGAUCAAAUAUCCCAAGCUCGCGAUACAGCUAUCCAGGCCGAGCGGAAAUCUCUUGCAUCAAUCUAUAUUCUAUGCCGUGUUCUAAUUGAGGUUGUCAAACAAGCAUCAUAUGAGGCAGUCGGAGACGAUUUGGGAGGAAAGCUUGAAGAGAUUGUCUAUACUCAGUUGAGAACUACCGAUCCUGUAACUACCAGGGAGUCAUUCGUGAGGCUGGCUAAUUGGAAUUUAUUUGCCGAGCUUCUAGGAUAUAUGUCUGAGAAGCGCUUCUUGAGUGUGAGUGAUCGUUUUAUUGCGGACUUGGAAAAGGUACCAGCAUCUGUGAAACAGAUCGAUGAGCCCAAUAUCAGGUUACUUAUUCAUGGUAUGAAGCAUCUUCGACUCUCUAUUUAUCCGUUGGAGAAGUUUGAGGAGAGUGCUGAAUUUCUUCAGUCCAUCACUAAGUUUUUCUCCACAUCCCAGAAUCAUAGUAUCCUAAUUGCAUACGCCAAGGUUUUAAGCAAUCUUAUUUUACCAUUAGCGACCCUGCUUACGGCUGAAGCGAAUCAUCCACUUUGGGUUGAGACGACUACUAAGAUAUUCAAUAAGGCAUCCAUGGUGUCUAAUUACUCGUCAUUGAGAGCAAGUAAUGGUGCUCCACCUGCGGUUUCUUCGACUACGUCCAUGGAUGACUCUAUGACCAUCGACAAUGACUGGGGCGUCUCUGUUGAAUUAAUGACAUCAGCAUUAGUCGUUUCAUCAAAAGAGCUUUUCUCGAAUCACUGGUUUGAGAUCCUUGAAGCUAACGCAGCAAAACUUAAGCCUAAAGGGGAAAUCGCAGAUAAAACGAAGCUCAUGGUUUGCGCUUCAAGACUUCUAUGGGUGUACAUGAACCGACUUCCGGACACGCUUAACAAUACAAUCAAGCGUCUUGAUAGCUUUUUUGAGUUCCUCUUUUUCGGUCCUCAAGUCUCAGGUAAGAAGCAGUGGAUUGUGCUAGAUACGGGGUUGAUUAAUGCCUUGUCUGAAGUUAUUAGAAUUGUCGGAUUCCAUCAUUUCAACUACGUAUUGGACAAUGUCAUUUUGAAGCUUUUAAGAAGCAGUUUCAAUGGUCUGACCCUCGAGAACGCUUCACCCGAGAAGCUCAUCUUGGUGAUCGAAUCAUACAUGCUAUGCUUGAAAGAUUCAAAACUGGGCGAUAAACCAAAAUUUCCUACGGAUAAAGUCUUCCAGGAGGAAUUUGCAUUCCAGUUCUUCCCAACUGAUAACCUCAGAAAGAGCAACAAAAUUGGACUCUCACAGGAGCAGAGUACCGAACUUCGCAGAUGGAAUAAGUUCAUGUUUGACUUCAAGAAUAUCAAGAAUUUCGAAUCACACGAGGAUAUCUGUCGCACGAUCGCCGUUCUCUUUAAACUCCUUGACAACCGCUGUGGUAUGUCUGGUUGGACAAGCUCAGAGGGUCCUGCAACUUUGGGAAACAGCGUCAAAUCCUCCUUUUCGAAUUUUCCAUUUGGCUUGGACUUCUCUUACCAAAAUUCUAGAGACGUUUACAAAGACUUGUUCGCUGCGACUAUCAACGCCUGUCCUUGGUCUAUCAUUCCGCUUGCCAGCGAGAAGAGUGGUUCGGGUAUCGGUAUAACUUUCAAGGCCUGUGCUGAGAUUCUCAUAAGAAAUAGCAUUCACCAUAAUGUUCAGAUUGCCAACGCAUCUGUUAAUGCUCUUUUCAAGUUAGCAUCACGAAAGGGUGCAGGUGAACUUAUAGCGACCUUCGGUAAAGUCGCUUUUCGACUCACGGAGAAGCCUGGGCCUCAUUAUGACUCUGACUAUUUCAAUUCGGAGGAGUUUUUGAGGUUGUUGAGAAUUUACGUCGAAUUACUUAAAUGUUGGUCGAUGCAAUUUAGCCCAGAAUCCGACGAGUUUACACCCGACAAUGGUGACGGUAAUGAGCUUAUGAACAAUGAUGUUCUCAAUGACUUGUAUCAGAUUAACCAUAAGGCACCUGAUUUGACUAAUUUAGAGGCACCUGCUACCAAGUGGAAGCCUUCUGAGGAGCUCGAGUGGAAAAAUAUUGUGACGGUUAUCGAAGAAGUCGAGGGCAAUGGUCUCUUCUUCUUAUGUUCCCAAGACAGCCAAGUUCGUGCACUCUCUCUUUCGAUCUUAAGAGUUGUUGAACAGUUCGACCAGUCAUUAUACAAUCUUACGGACAGAAAGAAGGAACCUACACCUGGAUCGCACGGCUCUGGAUCUAUUAAGGGCCAUUCAAGAAAUUCUUCGAAAUAUGUGGCAGACGAAGGAACGAGAUUGAUCCAUGUUCUCGAGGAAGUUGAUCUAAUGACAUUGUUGAAGCCACUCAAGCGUGAUUUGAGUGUUCCAGAACGAACCAGACUUUCCAAGAUCAAAGCAAAGAAGGGAUUGCUUGCUAAAUUUGCAUCUUCAGACCAUGGUAUUGACAGUACCAUUUGGUUUAGAAUCUAUCCGAGGUUGUUGGACAUAUUCUUCGAAAGAUGCCCCAUGCCUGUGGCAAUGUGUCGCUCUAUUGUCUGUGUCAGGCUUGUGCAAAUGCACGAAUUGGUGUUAGAGUUCUCCGACAAUUUCAAGAACUAUACUUCUUCGCUCUUCACUCGCAGUUCCACCUCCACUCCGCCAGAGAUCCUCAUUAACCAAUGGAAACUUUACUUGAUAUUUGCGUGCUGUUCCUUGACGAGUACGAACGAUCAAAAGAUAUCAUUCCCCUCUCAGCCAACACAUGGUCAUAAGAAGCUGAUGACGAUGUACAUCCAGCAUCAAAAGAUCACAAGUGCUAAAUCUGUUUUCCGAAUGGUACUUCCUUUGCUCCAGUCUCUUCAACCUAUGAUCAGGGAAGCGGUGAUUGCUGGCUUGAGCUCGAUUAACAUCAAUAUUUUCAAAACAUUGGCAGAGAAUUUACCGGAGUCUAUGAAUGAUUGGAACCCUGAUAGUCGCAAAAGAGAUGCUGCCGAAGACCGCGUGAGGAUAGAGAUUGUUCAUAUUUUGAGCAUUAUCACAAGUCGAUUCAAGUCCAACAACCUUCUUUAUUAUGAUGAGAACACAGUUGCGAACUUAGUUUCCAUCAUUAAGAACGUUAAGGCAUUCUUGUCAGUCACUUUUGUCCAGACUCUGCCUGACUUUCAGCGUUUGAGAUGUUAUUUUGCCGCUCUUUUGGAGAAUGUUUUUGUCGGAUUGAAGGAGAAGCUGGAUCUCAACACCUGGCUUCCAUUUGAAGCUCGAAUCGGUUGUUUCAAUUAUUUGAAGGAGUGGUGUGGCUUUGGCGAUUCCAAGGAUGUUCUCGAAGAAAGAACUAACAUGAUGACACAGGCAGCACAGCUGUCCAAGGAACCAGCCACAGCUGUUGGGCUUCUUGAGAUUGACAUUAAAGCUCUUCAUAUCUCCGCCUUGAGCUGUAUGGCUACUAUAUGUUCAGGUGCUUUGAAACAGUCCCUUAUUGUUCCAGGAAAGACAGCAGUUCUUUCUUUCGAUAUCAAAAGUGUCAUGUCAUGGGUGCAUGAAAUCAUUAAUUCAGCCAACGAGAGAGUUCACGAUAUGGGUAAGACCGCUCUCAUGAACAUUAUGGACGUCAACAUUAAUAGUGACGACAUUUACGAGGAGGUAUUGAGGCAGUGUUAUAAUCCCGAAAAUUCCAUUAAAGUCAGGGAGGUUUACUACACAAACUUGGUAACUGCAUUCUUGAAGCAUAGAGACAUCGAGAAGAUGCCAUAUGAUUUAUUCUGUCUUUCGACUUUCUUAGUUGGAACCGACAGCUAUCAAACUCGUGUAUCAGCCAUUGAAUGUCUUAAGUCCAUUGAAAGCAGGUUUCUUAAUACGACCACUGCAGACUACUUCACUGAAAGUGUCUGUUGCACCACCAUGGUCGUUUACAAGAAGGUGCUUUUUGAAAUUUCAGUUAAGCUUGCUUCACUUCAUUCCAAGGAUUCAUUCACUUACAUCAGUUUCUUGACCAAAUACUUUAACCUUGUGGAUAAUCCGACUAGACGUGAUAUUUUGGCUUGCUUGCUUCCAUGGGUUCAGACGGUCGAGUUGAAAUAUAGGAACAGAGAAGAAGGCUCUACCGAGGUAUCGGAACCUCAAUCAUUGUCACAACCGUUCAACAACGAAAUCGACGCUCCUUCUCUUAUGGUGCUCAACAAUCUUUUCGAAAUUACAGUGAAAUUUAGCAAAAAGAUUUCCAAUGAAGUUGAAGCUUUAUGGGUGGCCUUGGGUACUAAGCAAAGCAAUUUCGAUAUUAUCGUUGAGUAUAUCAUGAGAAACUGUCUUGAGCGGAGGAAUUCUAGCUUCGUCUCCUACUCGAGACAAAUUAUUGCAUACUUGGUGUAUUCACAGCCUGAUUCAUCCGUCAUUAUCGGAAAGAUGAUUGGAAACUUACAGCCUAAAGCCAUGGUUCCACAUCCCUUAUCCCAAGCGGCUUCCAAGACUGCUGAUGUCGUCGAGGGUUUUCCUUAUACUGCAAAUUUAACUGAGUUGCUUUCCCACAAUACAAAAGAAUCGGCAUUUUCCCUCGGUCAGUUAUCGAUGGUGUUCUUGGUGGAUUUGUUUAGGUCGAACAACGAAAUGAUCAUUCCGCAUUUACCGUUGCUUUUACAUGUUUGCUUUUCAUUGCUUGACCAUUACUUUUACGUGGUACAAGAACAAGCCGCAUCCCUUCUUAUACAUUUGGUACACUCAAUAGCACCAAGCAGCCCGAAGUCAGCUCAGACCAUUGAUAUUUUGAGACAAAAGGAUCAUUUCAAGUAUCUCUGGGUUUACGAUGAUCUUAACAAUGAUAAGAAGGGAGGCAUAACCCCAAGGAACAUGGAUACACUUGUGAGAAAGAUCCUUGAGAUAUUUGCCCCCUCUGUUCCUAACUUACAAGCUGAUUGGAGCCGUGUAUCCUUGAAAUGGGCUACAACAUGUGCUGUGCGUCACAUAGCAUGUAGAUCAUUCCAGAUCUUUAGGUCACUUUUGUCCUUCCUUGACCAGACAAUGCUCAAAGACAUGUUACAUCGUCUUUCGAACACAAUUGCUGACGAGUCAGGCGAUAUCCAAGGUUUUGCCAUGCAAAUCUUAAUGACAUUAAAUGCCAUCACCGCGGAGCUAGAUUCUGAGAACUUGAUUGAUUUCCCACAGCUCUUCUGGUCCAGUGUUGCAUGCUUAUCGACCAUUCACGAGCAUGAGUUUAUCGAGACGAUUUCCACGAUGUCUAAGUUUGUUUCGAAGAUUGACCUUGAUGCUCCUGAUACCAUUUCAUGUCUCAUUUCGACGUUCCCACCGAAGUGGGAGGGUAAGUUUGAAGGUCUUCAGCAAAUUGUCAUGGUAGGUUUAAGGUCCUCAGUGGCUUGGGAACCAACAAUCAAAUUCUUGGAUAAGCUCAACCAUUUGAGUGAUAGUGAGAUCAUUGGUUCAGGCGAUCACCGUCUUUUCGUUGCAAUCAUUGCCAAUUUGCCGAGGUUCCUUCAUGCUCUUGAAGAACAAAAUGUUACACCUGAAGUGGAGAAAGCUUGCGAUCUUAUUGGAGAAAUGGCUGCGGUAUGCAACAAGCCAGCAUUGGCAAGAAUUCUUAAUUCGUUGGCCAAAUCGAGAUUCAGAUCUAAAAAGGACUUUUUGGUGCAAACCAUUUCGACCAUAAGAACGAGUUUCUUCCCCGAAUACGAAGCUCAAACCUUGGUACUUUUACUCAGUUUGCUUUCUAACGAGAUUUCAUGGGUCAAGCUUGAAACUUUGAACAUUUUGAAGCACACAUUCCCGCUUGUUGACUUACUGAAGGAUGAAUUUGUCGGAGUGGGAGCAGACCUUAUUUCUCCAUUAUUGAGAUUACUCUUGACAGAGUACGCAGAACCAGCACUUGAGGUACUCGACGAAGCUGUGGUUAUCUCAGGUUCGCAGCUUGACAAGGAUAUCUUGAGAAUGAGUUUAGGAAACUCAUCUAUGAAGAAAGAGUACGAGCAGACUGCAACAUUGUUUGGUAUACCAGAUGAAAGUGGUUGGGCCGUCCCAAUGCCGGCUGUCACUGCUGCUAGCACAAGGAACAAUAUUCACGCUGUUUUCGAAACAUGCAAUGAAAGCUCGACUGUCGAAGAGAAGCAUAAAGAUUUCGCCGAUGAGGAGAUUGAGUUUUUGAUGGAGGACUACUACGAACCGGAACCUGACCAGACUGACGCAGCUUCAACUGCAAAUGAAGUUCCCGGAGCUACUCUUAGUAAUAUGUGGGCAGCAUUGGACGAUUUUGAUUCCUUCUUCACCAAGGAUACAGAACAGAGGGCCCAGAUUGUAUCCAAUUUGGCCACCAAUGGACGGGGAUUCCCAGGGAAGGCAGCAGCAUACCACGCCCACUCUGCAUCCAUUGAUACUAAGGAGAGCAACAACAGCGACUUGGCUUCACCAAUCGAUUCCGCUCCUCAUGUCUACGACAAGAAGGCUCUUGUUAUCUUGAAUAGAAGUUUGGCAAGAACCCAAUCCAACACUUCCUUUAAGAGCAGUUUGGCAGAUAACUUUGGCAGCCCAGCCGCCUACGGUCCUCUGGAAAGUCCUGGAACAAGAAGAUCAUACAUUCCUUUCCGGAGUACAAGAGUACCUAAGAAGCAAGACUCCUUUACUACACCUAAAAUGAAUCCAGGCACCCCAUCGUUCGAACAGCCCGGCAUGAACAGCGCAAAGACACUAAAGGGCAGCCCCUCAUUGUCUCUUCAUCAUACAAAGACAGGAGGCUCUCAAGAAUCUCCCGUGGACGCUUCCAAGCUUGAAUCUUCUACGCGUCUAGACAAUCUUCUCGGAGGAGGCCGCAAAAGGAACAAAAAAGAAGAGAGCGUAAAUCUUCAGAAAGUCCGUUCUUCAUUACAAUAUGCCCCAAAGAAGCAACAAGGUCCAGAUAAGGCCAAACAGAAGGCCAAGCAAAAGGCCGCCGAAGAAAAAGGCUUCGGUAUGAAGAACAAGAACAAAUCCAAGAAGGUGCAGCAGCAGAUUAGUAUGAUGAAGAGUGGUGUUGAUGGUGGAUUGGCAAAGAAGAAGGAAGCCGAAGCCAAGAGAAAAGCCGAGGAGAAGAAAGCUGCCGAACAGGCCAAGAAGGAGGCUGCUGCAUUAUUUGGUGUCCAACAACAGAAAGUUCCAUUUGGAGUUGAUCCAAAGUCCAUCUUGUGUGAGUUUUUCAAGAAUGGUGUGUGUUCGAAGGGUAACAAGUGUAAGUUCUCCCACGACGUCAAUGUUGGCCGUAAGGAUGUUAAGAAAGAUUUGUACACGGAUGCUAGAGCAGAGAAGGAGGCAGACACAAUGGAUAACUGGGAUGAGGAGAAGUUACGAAAGGUCAUCUUGUCGAAGCAUGGUAAUCCAAAGACAAGUACCGAUAAAGUCUGCAAAUAUUUCAUUGACGCUGUGGAAAACGACAAGUACGGUUGGUUCUGGGUUUGUCCAAACGGUGGUACGGAAUGUAUGUAUAAGCAUGCCUUGCCUCCAGGAUUCGUCUUGAAGACCAAGGAACAGAAGAAGCUCGAGAAAUUGGCUAAGGAGUCCGAGCCAGAGAUCACAUUGGAGGAAUUUAUUGAUUUGGAGAGAGGAAAGAUGGACAGAUCUAAAUUCACGCCUAUCACUCUAGAUUCAUUCACCCAAUGGAAGAAGAAGCAGCUUGAAAAGAAAGCAGAGAAGAAUAAGGAACAGAACAAGAAGUUGCAGACAGGUAGAGAGAUCUUACAGAAGAAGUUCGCCGAUAAAUACUACACUGAAGAAGGCGGCGACGAGAACGAAAUGGAUUUGUCUUCCUUCAAGCUGGCCUUGCCUGAUGAGGAAAAGUUUAAAGAUUAUGGUGAUGGUACUAGCACCGACUUCAGCUAG